GUUAAAAUGUAAGCUUAAUUCUACAAUAUAAAGUUUUUUCGAUCAUUUGCAGUUAGCGUGCUGCUAAAUUAUUUCCUUAGAAAUAUCUAUUUGACAAGGACAUAAAAAGUCGCAAUAUGUGUAAAGCAUCAUUCCGAAACUUAAUGUUAUUACUUUUGUCUUCAACUGAAAUCGUAUUCUUGACGAACACUACAGAUUGUAGUGUGGGAUAUUUUGGACCAAAAUGUGAAUUACCCUGCCGAUUCCCAAGCUUUGGAGAGGGUUGCCAGUUAGCGUGUUUUUGUGCCAAGCAACAUUGUGAUCAUAUACAUGGAUGUAAAGAAUGUCCACCUGGUUUCCAAGGAAAGACAUGUCAACAAAAUUGUUCAUAUCCAUAUUUUGGUUUAAAUGCAAGUCAAAAUAUAAAUGCAGAGAAGAACAAUGUAAUUCUGUGAUUGGUUGUGAAGGUGAGGGGUACGGAAUAGGGUAUAAUGAAGGCAAGAUUUUCAAUUACUAUAGUAACAUGUUCAAUAUUUGUCAAAAUGAGUGAUUAACAAUUUGCAUAAAAUAGCAAUGACAAUUUGAGCUGCAUUAUAACUGUUGUUAACAUAAAUUUUCCUUAAUCUGGAGAUCGUAUUAGACAAUGAAGAAUGGCAUACUAUGAAACACAAAAUAUAAAUAGAAAAGUUCUUUUCUUGAAGUUUUACAUUGUGGUCUGUAUUCCGUUUGCAACACAUCAUAAAAAGU